UCUGUAACACCCUAUCGAGGGCAUAUUUAAAUCAACAGGCUAGGCAGUUAGUUCGUUUGCAAUGUCUGUAUUCAUGCCGAUCAAUAUAAUAAUGAAGGCAAACACAUUGCUAAAUGUCAUACCAAAUGUGAUACUCUUUUUAAAUUAUUCCUCAUCAGCCUUGGGAGUUUUUGGUUCUCAAUAGAGACCAGAUGCGCUUUGACGCACGUCUCCAGCUUCGGCGCGCUUUUUUAUUCGCUCUCUGGAUAUUUGACUCCUCGGCUCUCGGCACCAUGUCAAACGUCAGAGAGCCCAGUUAUUCUAUAGGAAGAGGUUGUGUGUCAUUCAUACCGUACUCUUGAAGGGGGGCACGCUCGUUGUUGUUUUUUUUUCUUCUUCUUCUUUUUUUUUUAAUCGGGAGCAGGAGGUGGCAAACUCCUUCUGAUGGUUUCAUCGGGAGCUCUGUAGGGUUUCCUGUUUCCAUUUCUAGGCUGUGACGGGAUUUACUUGAAAAACCAAUCUGUUUCUGUGGGAUAUCUCCGUCAGGGAUCAUUUCAAAGAAAGAAGAUGGCUCUGGGUUACCUCUACGCGCUGUGCGUGUGGAUAGGUUUGUUGCAUCCCUCACUUGGAACCGGGUUCGUUUAUCGCUUUCCAGGGAUCACCCUGCAGCGGCACCGUAUCCACUCCGAACAGGGCAGCAGUACGGGUCCGCCGGGUGCAGGGUCCUCACUUAGGAACUGGUGUCAGUACACUGCUACCAGGACAGUGCCCUGCAAAGUGCACAAUGGGACUGAAACCUCAGUGCAGAGGGUGAUGCAGGGCUGCCGGUGGCCUGGACCGUGCAGCAAAGUCAUCAGCUACAGAACCGUUAUCAAGCCGUCGUUUAAGAUCACUUACAAGCAAAUCACGGCUCUGGAGUGGAGGUGCUGCCCUGGAUUUGUGGGGAUGGAGUGUCGCGAAGGUGAGUUUUGUUGUUUUUUUUCUUUUUAAAAGUCAGUCUUUGGGAACAGAGUUAUCAGAGACAAGUUUUCUCAAGGACCACAUCUGUGUGUUUUUAGCAGCACCAGGCAUCUCUACCCACAUCAGUGCCCUUUUUAUGUGAGGUGGUAUGUAUCUGGUUAGCUCGCUAAUCACCCCACUGUACUCUGAACCAGUCGGCCUCUUAAAAGUGGGCUUGAAUUAAGAGGGAGAGUCUGCAUUUGAUUA